AUGUCUAUAGUGGCAACUGCCAGUGCCAAAGAACCAUCGAUGAUGAUUCCUUGUACUGAAGAUGGAGGAUUACUACUCGAAUUUGUAGAUGACGAGGAAGAAGAUUUAUGCAUUAGCAUUGAUUGUUUACGUUCAGCAUCUACCAAACAUCUAAACCCUUUGUUUAACAACAUUGAUCAUCAGAAUAUCAGUCCACGUCGAUCCGUGGCUGACAAAGAAAUAUCUGUUGAUCCCAUUUCUAUCAAACAAUCCGUGCUGUCGACUACUGGAAGAGGAGGAGAAUAUGUUGUUACUCGUAAUUUAUCUUUUGUUAAACCUCCAGAUGCUGACGCUCUUCUUAGUCUUAAUCCAUCCAUGAUGAAACCACCAGCUUCUCCAGUUGCUGUCAGUCGAAUAGAUUCUGCAAAUUGCAAGUAUCCACCACCAGUACCUCCUCCAGCAAUAUCUCCGUCCAAAUCAAGUAACAGAUUUUUGAGUUGUAGUCUUCCAAGUUCUCCGUCAUCGUCACCUCUAUGUGGCCCGCCUUCUCUAAUGAAGAACAUCAAAAAAUGGAGAAACAGCCAAAACCACCUACCGCUGCCUCCUCCUCCUCUUCCACCUGCGAUCAACUAUUUAGGACGCCAACGUUCAGCUGCUGUUUCUCCGUUUGCUGCAACUGAUGAUAGUGGCUCUUAUAUAGCUAGAAGCAAGUCUUUAGGUGAAGGUAGAAGGUCUGCACCAUCCGUCGAUUUUGAUAUUUGGUCUAAGAAAGUGAAUGAACGUAGAAACGAGCAACAGUCCUACCUCGAAGAUGAUGACACUAAUAGCAAUAUGGCAGAUUAUUGUGAAGAAUUUGAAGAAGAUGAUGUAAUCAAAACGAUUAGAAGAAUUAGAAGCAAGAAAGGUAAAGCUGCAUCAGGAAAAUACCGAUACGGCGAUGACGAGUUUAAAUGUGGUUCAUUGUCGUGCUUGUACUUGCCAGGAUUUGGCAAGGGAAAGCAAGUUAGACCAAGAAAACAGGACGAGGAAGAUUAUUCUCAUCAAGGGCAAGGAGCUAAAGAAGUUCAGCCUGUUCAGACCCAGCAGGCGCCGGUAGCACCAAAACAACAUGUUAUUAUAUCAAGAACGGUUUCUUUGGAGAAAUUUGAGUGUGGGUCUUGGUCAUCAGCUGGUAUGAUAAAUGAUGAUCGAGAUGAAGCAGAUUCUUCACAUUAUUUCGAUCUUCCGUUAGAGUUGAUAAGAAAUUCCGCCAACGAUGCAGAUGGACCAGUUAACACUGCCUUCGUUUUCGAAAGAGAAAUCAAGGGGGUGUUAAAGAACAGUUCGUCCAGACGAGAUCAACCACGGCUCUCUCAAGAAUCAACAUCUACUCGCCAUGUUAGGUUUUCUACGUCGUCGUCUAACAAUGCACCAUCUACCUGCAUCACACCUCGCCUACGAAAGGCCAGAGAGGAUUUUAAUGCACUUUUGGAAGCUCAAGGAGUGUAACACUGACCUGACAUUUAUACAUGCCAGUGUACAACUUAGACUUACAUACAUUCCCUUACAAGCACAUACAAUAUAGUAAUAGAUAUUUACUGGU